AUGCAGUCUCCCUCUGUGGAUGCAUCAAAACCACAAAUCAUGAAGCCAUCUGAAAACAAGCCAACAGACUCUCAGAAUGAACAGCUGUCUGAAGAGAAGCAGAAGGAACCCAGUGAUGCAAAAAUCCAAACCUCAGCUUCUGUGACAACAGCUUCAAAACCAAAUACUGCAGGAAAAGUAACUACAACUCAAGCUGGGCAGCCUCCACAAGCAACCUCUGUGGACACAGCACAGCCUAAAUCCAGGGAGAUGUCCAGGGUGGCUGGUGCAACUGCUUCAGGCACAGCUGGUGCAAGUGUGGUUGUUGCAGCUGAUCAGCCAAGUACUGAGCCUCGUAUGGAUGAGUCAGCACUCGAUAGCCUAAUAGAUACCCUAGGUGGACCAGAAGAAGAUGUGCCUCCUACUCCUGUUUACACUGGUCCAGAAGUUACGGAAGAUAUAUCUUCAAGAUACCUGGAAGAAAUGGGUAAGCGGGAAGGUAGUCUCCCUCCAGAGUAUGUCAAAUUGUUGAAGGGAAAAGGGAAUGGCAAAGAUGGAAUCCCACCAAAAGCAAAUGAACGAGAUGAAAAACCCAUGACAGAGGAUGAGCUUGCAGAGGCCUUGUCAUCAGAUUUUACCUGUAGUACUGCUUCUGCCCAAGAAAAGAAGACAAGUCUGACAGAGAAACCGAAUAAGGAAGGAGAAAUUGUGCGAGCACAAGCAGCAAGUUCAGUCAAGGCCUCAGUUCCUCCUCCAAAGGAGAAGAAAACAAAGCCAAAAGAGGAAAUGAAAGAUGAUGCAAUGGAAGCUCUUCUUGAUACUCUUGGAGGACCUGAACCUGAACCUGAAGAAGAUCCUACCCCUGUUGUAGAGGUGUCAGAGGCAAAAGCUAAAGAGAAAAAAGAAGAGAAGGUUGGAGAACGUGAUGAUACAAUACCUCCAGAAUACAGGUUAACACCACAGUUGAAUAAAGAUGGAAAACCAAUAUUGCCGAAGCCUGAAGGAAAACCAAAGCCACUGAGUGAAUCUGAUCUUGUUGAUGAGUUUUCAAAGGACUUUGCCUGCCCUGCACAGCCUGCAGUACAAUCCAAACCACCAAAGUCCAGCAGCACAUCCAAAAAUCCUUCAGGUUCUGUGUCUACAAAACCUACUGAGGAUAAAGUAGUCGCUCGUGCCACAGCUUGCACUGUGCAGUCUGCAGCUCCCUCAGCCAAACCUUCAGUUGGUCAUGUAGCAGAUGAAGCACUGGAAGCCUUGUCCAGCAGCCUAGGACAGAGGGAGCCUGAUGCAAAUGAAAAAAAACCUGCCGUGGAUAAAGUUAAGGAGAAAACCAAGAAGGAACAACACAAAAAACUGGGUGAAGAUGAAGAUACAAUUCCUCCAGAGUACAGAUUGACAGAAGCUAAAGAUAAAGAUGGAAAACCACUCCAACCAAAACCAGAAGAAAAGUCACAGCCUAUGAGUGAAAAUGAUCUUUUAGAGGGUUUGACAGAAGGAUUUUCUUGUUCUCCAUCACCGUCUGCACCACUCCCUGCAUCAACUGUACUAAAGAAAAACAAAGAAGGUGCAAAGCCUACAAGUUCCUCAGACAUUAUCUCUGCUGCUACAGUUUCUUCAGUGCGCUCUGCAGCUCCUCUAGCUUCUACCUCAGGAGGAAAAGAGAUGGAUGAAGCCUUGGAUCUCCUGUCUGAUUCCCUGGGACAGGGGGAACCUGACCCUGAUGACAAUAAACCAGUUGUGGAUAAAAUAAAG